ACAAAAUCAUACUCUCUUUUUACAUGUUUUUUUUUUUUUAAAAAAAGAAACUUUAUGAGAGAAGGGAGGAAAGUGAUUUUUUUCAUUUGAGACUUUGUUAAAAGGCAGAAUUAUUAUCAGUAAAACAAUAAAGAAAGAUGAGAUUUUUUUUCUUUCUGGGGGUUUGAGAAGAGAACAAAAGAAAAGACACAAAGUGCACGUCAGAGUUAGGCGUAGGGUGGUCUCUUUCUUUCUUGUGGAGAGGAUUACAGAGAGGAUUCCCUCUUCUCAUCCAAAUCUCUUUCUCUUUCUUCACAGUUGUAAGAAAUUUGGUCCAGUUUCAUUUGUUCUUAUAUGCAUGGUUAUUAUUGGAUUUUCUUGAUUUUAGCAAGCUGAUUAUAUCUCCAUUGAAAACUUGAAUGAAAAAACAGUCUUCUCUCUUUCACUUUUUCUUUUCUUUGGGGUUUGGAAAAAACAAGAUUUGUUUGUUGGGUUGAUGCCAAAGGAAGAAGAAACCACAACACUAGAGAGGUAGUUGAAGCUGGUAGAUUAGCUUGAAGAAGGAGAAGAAAGAGAUCAAGAAGAUGAUGAUGAAAGGUUUAAUGAAUCAACAAACUCAAGUACCUGUUAUUGUUGUGGAGGAGAACAUGUCCAAUUUAACUUCUGCAUCUGGUGAAGCAAGUGUAUCUUCUUCCAAUAGAAAUGAUAAUAAUAAUAUCUAUCCUCCUCAUCAGUAUAAAUUUACUCCUCCAAAUCAACAAAAUCAACCUGUACAACAAAUCAAGAAGAAGAGAAAUCAACCAGGCAAUCCAGACCCAGAUGCUGAAGUGAUAGCUUUGUCACCCAAGACACUAAUGGCAACCAAUAGAUUUGUUUGUGAAAUCUGUAACAAAGGAUUUCAAAGAGAUCAGAAUCUGCAACUUCACAGAAGAGGACACAACUUGCCAUGGAAGCUCAAGCAGAGAACAAGCAAAGAAAUUAGAAAAAAAGUGUAUGUUUGCCCAGAAACCAGCUGUGUUCAUCAUGACCCAACAAGAGCUCUUGGAGAUCUCACUGGAAUCAAAAAACACUUUUGUAGAAAACAUGGUGAGAAAAAGUGGAAAUGUGAGAAAUGUUCAAAGCGUUAUGCAGUUCAAUCGGACUGGAAAGCUCACUCCAAAACUUGUGGCACAAAAGAGUAUAGAUGUGACUGUGGAACUCUUUUUUCAAGGAGGGAUAGUUUCAUAACUCACAGAGCAUUUUGCGAUGCGUUAGCGGAAGAAAGUGCAAGAGCGAUAACAGGAAAUCCAAUUCUCCCGUCUCAAGCUGGUUCUUCGACAUCUCAAAUGAAUUUUCAGUUUCAACCAUUUAACCAUGAAAUUCCAGCUACAUUUUCUAUGAAGAAAGAGCAACAAACCGGUUUCAAUUUGAGGCCUGAGAUUCCGCCAUGGCUAUUGGUUGGAGGUGGUGGUGGUCCUGGACAUGGUCCUCCACCGCCACCGCCUAUUAACCUAAGCUCCUCCAUCUUCCAAUCAUCUAGGUUCAGUGAUCAGGGCUACACGCAGAGCCACCACCAACAAGACUUCAUGAACCCUAACCCUAGUCUAUCCGGUCCUACAUCUGGAGCAAUGGCCUCUCCACAUAUUUCUGCAACUGCGUUGUUGCAGAAGGCAGCUCAGAUGGGUGCUACCAUGAGUAACAAAGCGAGUACUGUUUCUGCAGUUUCAUCAGGCCCAGGCCCAACCAUGCUGAUGAGACCCCACCAAAUUCACGUGUCUGCUACUGCUGCUGCUGAGUCUGUUAUCAACGCAACAGAUUUUGGACUCAAUUUGUCUUCACGUGAAGACCUCACCACUGGUUUUUUCAAUAGCUUGGCUUCAUAUGGGAAUAAAGCUGCUAAUUCUACUGCCUCUGCUGUUGUUGCUCCUGCUACAAUCCCAUUAUCAAGUGCACCUCAUCUCACUCCUUCUUCUCUUCAGGAUAUGAUGAAUUCCUUCUCUUCCGCUAAUCCUACAGGAUUCGAAGGAUCAAAUUUCGAAGAUCCAUUUAGCAGCAUUGCCAUUUUGAAUCCAAAGAACGAUAAUGGCGGUAACGAUGAUAUGACCAAAGAUUUCUUAGGCUUAAGACCUCUUUCUCAUAGCGACAUUUUCAAUAUAGCUGGUCUAGUUAAUACUACUUCCAACGAAAAUCAGUCCCAAAAUCACAAAACAUGGCAAAGUUAACUUGUAGGUUCUUUUCUCCCUCUUUCUGAUCCUUUAUGUCUGUAAUUGUUAGAUCUGUAUUAGUGUUAUUAUUAUUUUUUUUCCUUAUGCCUUUUUUUUUUUGGCCUCAGAAUAAAGAGAUAGCUAGAACUGGGAAGAAAAACCCUAGCCUAGAUAGUCUCUUUUGUUGUUACCUAGCUAUUAUGGACAGUGACAUUUUUAUACAAAAAUAGUGCAUUCUGAUGCACUCGGAGGAAUAAAAAUUAAAUUCAUGUUGGAAGGAUA